AUGUUUAUCAAGUCUCUCCUUGCCCUUUCCGCCAUGGCGACCACUGCCUUCGCCGGCGAGAACAACAUUAAGUUCCUCUACUCAAGCUCGAACUUUAACGGCAUCCAAGACUCCGGUAGCGGCCACAUCAGCGGCUUCACCCUCUUCGACAACGACAACAAUAUCCUCUUUGAAAGCCCAAGCCCUCUUAACUACUCUCCCUGUGUGAGAGACACCAACCACCUCGAGAUAACUUCGGACUGCUGGGAGGGGAGUUACGACUUCAGUUGCGGGUCCUCCUUUAGCGGCAUGCCCGGAGCAUGCAGCGUGUACGCCCCUGAUGGUUCAGAGACAAAGGGCAAGGCGGACAGUGACUUGAAAUUCAUCGGCAUUGCCUCCGGCCAGGACGGCACCUGUAGUGGCACCAUUACUACUCACAGUGAUGGUAAGUGCACGAAGGAUAGCCUUGUGAAGAUUGAACGACGCUACACCGGAAAGUAUUCUGGUCACAACUAA